UCAACGGUUCGUCGACCAAAAUACACAUUUGUUUAAAACCCCACGAUUUUACGUGAUGCGAUUUUUAUGUGCCAAUCGAUUUGAUUGACGUCUGUGUCCAGUAUUGUUGAUACGCUAAAUGAUGUCUAUUGUUUCCUCCAACGCGGGAAAGGAGUCAGUGAAUUUCAUUGAAUCUGUGGACCAUCGUAAAGCAUACUAUGGAGUUUAAUCGAGAUAUUUAAUCCUCUUUUUUCGAUACCAGAGUGCAUGAAUUUGAUUUUCGUCGAAUGUUGCUUUGUGUGGGAAGAGUUUGGAUCGGAUACCACACGUUCAAGGUUCAGCUUUCUCGGAAGCUAACCAGUAUGUUUCACAACCACAUUUAAACGACGUUACCACAUAGACAUUGAAAUGCGAUACGGUACACUUGAUUACGCCCCAACAAUAGCUGUGAAAUUUUAAGCUGUUGGACGUCGCCACUCGUUUUAGAGGCACGAACGACUAUCUCAAACUAAAGAGCAUGGGAAAUCUUCGAUUGCACUUUUGAAGAUUCGACGAUUUCUACUUUGAAAAUGGCUGUACAAUUCGUCAGCAUAUACCCUUGUUGUUAUUGUGUGGCUUUGUUUACGCUUGCUGUGUUUCCAUUCGUCGGAUUUUGUGAGGAUUUGCUUCCAUAUCCUGUUGGGUUAUAUCCUUUUAAUAAAGACUAUGAAACUGCUGAUGCAAGUUGCUAUGGUAACCUGAGGGGAAAAGUUCAGAAUGUUCACCUUGCAACAGGUCCAUUUGAACAGGCAGAAACUGCAUAUGAGUUUGCAGGAAUUGGAACAAGCCACGUUACUAUUCCACAAAGUCCUCAUUUGGAUGUUAAAACAUCAAUAACAAUUUUAGUUUGGAUACAUCAAACAGCUCAUGCUGGUUCUGUCAUUCAAUAUUUGAAUGGGGAAGGUGAUGUUGGACUUUACACUUCAAGGACCACCUCAGUAUCUGCAAAGUUUGCAGAUCGGACUAGAAAGUCUUUUUCCUCAGUUAACAAUGGUAAUCAUUCAAUUAAUCUUCAAAAUAAGUGGCAAUACAUUGGAGUUUCUUAUGACCAUAACACCGGAAUGGCAAUCUUGUGGAUAAAUGGUAAAGAUGUCCAGAAAAAAUAUCUGGGCAAGUUUGAAUUAAGCACAGACAAUGAUAUUCGUGUUGGAGGUGGGCAAGGAAAGGGGGACAGUUUCCAAGGACAAAUAUCAUGUUUACAGAUCUAUGAUAGAGCACUAACUGGGGUUGAAGUUGCUGAUGUAAAAAACAGAUGUGAUGAGCACAGUCUUGCAACUCCAGUAAACUGUAAGACAAUUGCAGCACCUGCUGGAUGUGGUGUUCCCAUGACUACACAGUCUGAGACAUUCUACUCUCCUGGCUACCCCAAAGGUUAUCCGUACAAUGCAAAAUGUGUGUGGGAAAUAGAAGUUCCCAGUGGAUAUGUGAUAAGCUUGCAGUUAAGGAAAUUUUCUUUGGAAGUGUCUUACACCAAGUGGCCAAAUUGCCCAGAUUAUGUUAUUGUCCGUGAUGGCAUCAACAGCUGGUGUGACAAACUAAAAGCACUUUGUGGAGGGGCAGAAGACUGGAAUGAGGAAAUUGUUUCUACUGGAAAUGGUAUGAGGGUGGAGUUUGAAUCCAGCAAGAAUGGCUCAGCUUCAGGCUUUAUGGCAACAUACAAAGCAACUCCAGUUGAUGAAGUUUUAAAGGAAGAAGAUGAGGAAAUGAUUGACUUUAGUCGUCACUACACUGGAAUUGUGAUAGGCGUGGCAUGUGCUGCAAUCUUUGCAAUCCUAUCAAUCAUUACAUUUAGCCACACCAAGAGGAGAUUACAGGAGCGUCGCCAUGGCAGCCUGACACAGAGUGGUGGUAGACAGAUCUCUUAUUCUGAUAAUGACAUCUUUCAACAAAAUGCUCCACCCACUUAUGACGAUGUUAUGCGCUACCCAGAGCUGUACCCACCGACACCAUGUCAAGGAUCAUUAGCCAAUACUCCGGCAGCGACCCCAAGAAGGGGGUCUCCUGUCUCAACCCCUACGACACCACGCCGCUCUCUCGACAGACAUAGAUCACCAAUGGUUAUUCCGAAAAUUGGAACACCCGUGGGAAUGCCACUUUUUAACCCACGGCCGAGACCAUCGAGUUCACUACAAAGUACCCUGAGUGUUUCUAUACAGCGGGGUAUUUCCCCUUUGGCCCGGGCUGAAUUAACUCCGCAGCAGUCCCGUCAAGCAGAUCAUCUGUCUUCCGAUGAACACGAUGAUGAUGAUGACGAUGACGAGCUGCCGCCAUACCCGGGUAUUACGGGGCAACCUACAAGGGGAGAUUACACUGCUCUCAGCAUGGACGUUGAUUCUGUUUUGGAUCAAGUUAGAGAGACGUUGGAACAAAGAAGGUUCACUCUGCGACGUGGAUCAAACCCUUCCUUAAGUGACAAUAACUCAGUGCAUUCUCGCGUCAGUGGAACAGUAAAUGCUCAAAGUGGUUCGCUACCUUUUUCUGGUGUUGUGAACAAUUCAGGACCGCUCCAGGAAAGAACUGAACCGAACAUAACUCCAAAUACAUCAUUAUCAAGUGUUGAUGGUAACGGUUAUAUUAAUCCAUGGAUAUCUUCUAAAAUUCCACGCGGGAACAGAUAUGGAGGUAUCUUAAGAUCUAUUGAAUCAGAUGUAUGAGGUUUAAGUAUCGUGCGAUGCCUCACAAAGGAUGGCUUUACAAGUGGAGGCCCUCGGAUUUCAAGGCCCAUGUGAGGGGCAUUAUACUAUUAACAUAUACGUUUUAGAUUUUCUUACAGAGCUAAACGAUCGAAUCUUAAAUAAUCCGUUAGUGUUGCCUGUUUUGAGGGACUAUAUUUAUAACCUUGCGGUUCAGAUAGUCACAGAAUUUGUUGUCUGACUUGACCUCGACAGUAUGGUUAGGGAGGACACAUGACUCCCUUAAAUUGUCCACAUAGGGAUACCCUGCUAGGAAGGGGGUCUGUUUUAGAGUUACAGCGUAGUGUAUUUAAAAGGAAGGGGAGGGAAUCUCGUGAGUCGACGUGUAGAGGACGAUAACUUUUUCUACGUUCGGCCUGUGUACAUUUUAGGCGGGUUACUUGAAAGAAAUGGUAUUUUGAAUUGCUCUAUUAAUGGUCAAAACAGUUCUUUUGUCUUUCCUCCCUCAGUAUGCCCCUCCAAAACCUUCCGUUUUAAGUAAUAUUGUCAUGCCAGGCUCGACAAGCAACGGGUUUUAUAGUUGUUUCGUAUAGAAAUCCAUUUAUUUCUGGCGUAUAUUUUUAAGUUGAACUUUUUGUUGAAAGGAAGGUAAAUUAAAGCAUACCUUUACCCCGGAUUAAUAUAAUUAAAAGAGAGUUGUGUCAAACAUGGAAUAAAGGAAAUAGUUAUAAGUCCAGUGUACUAUUUUUGAACAGUUGUAUAUCUAAGUCACAGUAACGCUC